GAAGCUUCCCUUCUUCAUAUUCUCCCUCAUCUUACUUAUUUUAUUCUAUCUCUCUACUCCGAUAAGGAAUUGCAAUAUCAUGACGUUGGCACAGAAACUAGAGCUGCAUCUUCUUCUUAUUCUUACAAUUUCAUCCCUCACAUCCCUUUCCAACUCCGCCACGGACACCUUCGUUUAUGGCGGAUGUUCUCAGAUGAAAUAUGCCCAAGGCUCCCCCUAUGAAGUCGGCGUUGACUCGCUGCUUACCUCCCUGGUCAACUCCGCCAUGUACACUACCUACAACAACUUCACCAUCCCGGGCUCUUCCCAACAAGACACCAUUUACGGCCUCUUCCAGUGCCGGGGCGACCUCAGCAACAACGACUGCGGCCGCUGUGUGGCUCGCGCCGUGAGUCAGGUUGGCACUCUUUGCCUCGACUCUACAGGUGGCGCUCUCCAGCUUGAAGGGUGCCUCGUCAAGUAUGACAAGAACGCGUUUUUAGGCGUUGAGGACAAGACGGUGGUGGUGAAAAAAUGUGGGCCGUUGAUCUCGUCGGAUUCUGACGCCGUGUUGGGCAGGCGGGAUGCCGUGUUGGGCUACUUGGCAACCGGAGACGGUACCUACAAGCCAUACAGGGUCGGUGGGUCCGGAGAUGUUCAGGCCAAAGCGCAGUGCGUGCAGGAUUUGAGUUUCGGCGAGUGCCAGGAUUGCUUGUCAGAGGCUGUUGGACAGCUAAAGACGCUGUGUGGAAACGCCAGGUGGGGCGAUAUGUACCUGGCCAAGUGCUACGUGCGGUAUUCAGAAGGCGGGGAUCAUUCUAAUGGCAAUCAGGAUCACAAUAACAAUGAUGAUGAGAUUGAGAAGACACUUGCAAUCUUGAUUGGACUCAUAGCUGCGGUUGCACUAAUCAUAAUAUUUGUGUCAUUCUUAUCAAAAGCUUGUGAGAAAGGAAAAGGUGGGAAAUGAUACAGUUUUCUGGAUAUUUCAUGAAAUUUCCUUCCCUCUGGUAAACUGUUGUUUUGAUCUUAAAUGGCCUUUUUCUAGCUUCACUUUAUGGUUUUGUGGUCCUCAUCUGUCACUUUCUGUCAUACUUUUCCUCUAAAAAAAGAAGUGCUCCAAUGGGUAGAUAGAAUAGAAUGGUGUGUUUGUGGAAACAGGGAACCUGGAAACAAGUGAAAAAGAGAAGUUGCAAUUUGAUGAAAAGCCUUAAAGAUUGUACACUCGCCGCCCACACCCACUUUAUCCUCUUAACCUUUUGUUUUAUGUAUUUCUAAUAUGUAUAUCAAAUACUGAAAACACUUGUCAAAUAAAAGCGCUCUGUUAGUGGUUUUAUGUUAAUUGCAAUUGUUGAGUAUCAUAUUUUCUGGAGCUUGUACUUAAUUACUCUUGAUUAGAGCUAGCAAAAGUUUAGUUUCAUCUAAAUUUAGACGGAAAUGAAAGAGUCAUGUUAAU